AAGGACGAUGGUCGGGGCAGCGCAAGGGAACAGGAGGGCAGUAGGAGGCGACGUGACGGGAGGGAUGGCGGGAUAUGCCGAGGGUUUCCAUGCAGAUAUCAAGAGAGCACACCGAUCCCUCGUCUGCACGCUGCUUCUCCUUUCCCUCAUCGCACAGGCCGACGCCUUCACUGCCUUCGGACCAUGCGGGAUUUCGACUUUGCGCCCUAGCGCGACAAGGCCGGGAAUGCUGAGGACCUCGAUGAAGCCGUUGCAGUCAUCUCGACCAGUGGCUAGGAACCUGAUCAGCUCGGCGAUGUUGCGAAUGGGCGCCGUGGAGAAAGUGGAUGCCACCCGUCUUGUGGAGGAAAUGAAGACACAUUCAGGGCUCAUGGUGGUUGACUUCUUCACGCCGGAUUGCGCUCCUUGCAGGCUGAUUGCUCCCCAGCUCGACAAAGUUGCCGAGGAGUACGCAUCCAAGAUCAAGUUCGUCAAGAUCGACGCCGAGGAGUCAUCGGAGAACAAGGCUCUGACAACCAAGCUUCAGGCGUUUGCACUCCCAACCCUUUUCUUCGUCAAGGAUGGGGAGGUUGUGGAGAGAGCUGAAGGCGCGAUGCUCGCUCCUAAGAUCAAGUCUUUGUGCGAGCAUGUCUUCUUCGAUGGCCCAACGCCGCAGGGUUGGAAGCCUCCAGCUACUGAGAUCCGCCAGUUCGUUGGAUGAGCCCCGGAAGCCCGCAAACUUCUGAUUGCAGACGAAACUCUUCUUUCCUGUCGUGCUUGACCAUGGAAAUGGCUGGAGGGGAAUAAAUGAUUGAGCUGGUGGAAAAUCACUCAUGAUUGACAAUUUUCAUUUAAUGGUAUAUUCACACUGCAGAGAAUUGUAAACGAAAGAGGGAAAGUCGUUUUAAAAACUGCCUCUCAAAAAUAAAUCGGACAAACCCAAA